GUUAGGAAUUAGGACUUAGCUUCAUUGAUUCUUAUAUUCAGUGUAUGAUUCUGGUAAUAACUUCUUGCAAUCACAUUCCCUUUGACGAUAACAUGAGAUGGUGAAUGAGAAAACAAUACAGUUAGAAAGACUUCACUAAUAAAAGCUUCUGUCAUUGACUUGGGUUUCUACUUGAUGGGCCUAAACCUUACUGGGCCUAAACCGUAACACUCCGGUUUUUUAACAGUAAACCGUAAAUUGGAUUCGGAAACGAGAGAUGGUUUUCCGAGUUACCCUCCUCCUCGUUUCUCUUCAACAGAACUGUAGAUUCCAGUUUUUGAAACCAAAAUUUGAAAAGCGAUUAUUGAUUGAAUCAUCAUCGUCAAAGUAAUGAUCUUUUGCUCAAUUUGAUUGUCCAGGAUCUAGUUUCAGCAAUCUUUGGUUGCAAUCUUUGGUUGUUUCGUUGAGAUUCCAGCAAUCAAUCCUCAUGCCCGACGACGAUAAAGAGUUGCAGGAACCCAAGGAAGAAGACUCCUACGUUUGGGACAGCGAUACGCAGCUAUAUAUCCAUCACAGGCUACGUCUCUUCCCAAAUCUAUCGAUUCUAUAGCCUAAUUUCCUUAGUUUGCUUUAGUUUUGAUUGAAUAUAAGCAGAAAUUGUCCAUUGUGUUUAGGUUUGAUUGUCUUAGUGUUAAAAGCUUUAUCUGCUAUUUAUCGUUUUUAACUAUAAAGAGUGAUGAAAAAGGCAGAGACUUUAUUGAGAUUGAUGCUUAAUUCCAUUGAACUAAGGACUCUAUUCAUUUUUGCAUGCUAACUUUUGUUUCGAUUUGUGAAUUGCAGUAGUGGGUUUUACCAUGACCCAAAUGCUGGUUGGUAUUAUUGUAGCAAGGAUGGUCGUUACUACAAGCAUGAAAAUGGCGAAUAUGUUCCCUUGGAAUACGACGAGUCUUCGGUGAACCCUCCUGGAGAUAUUGUCACCUAUGAGCCAUCUGAAGAUGACUUAGGCAGAAAAUGUGCAUUUUCUCAGGCUGAGAAUGUUGAAAAUGGAUGUGAAGUUUCUCUGAGUAAUCCUGGAGAAACUCCUUCAGAGUCAACAGGGUGCCCAAAUGACCAGGAACCUGAACAUCGUCAACGACCUUCCUCAUGGGUGGAAGAUACACUAAUUGAACUUUAUCUGGAUGGUUAUAAUCAACAUCCCAGUGCUUCCAGCUAUGAGAGGGCUUCUGGGGAAAAUAAUCAGGAUUGUCAGAUGUUGUCAGCUAAUGGUCUUUGCCUGGGAUAAUGCUUAUUAGAAUUUUAUAUUGCAUACGUUGGAAUGAAUUUGCUCUUCAAGUUUGGAAUUUAAGGAGAGAAGCUACAAAUUGUGUUUGUUCUCCAGGAGAUGAUGAUGCUGAGGAACUUGAAGAGGGAGAAUGGAUUCCUGAAGAAGAUUUUGAUCCACAAGAAGAGAACUUUGGUGAAGGUUUUUAUCUCUUCUGUUCUUUUCAUUUGCUUUAUUUCCGCUCCAUAUCAGCUUUCUUGGUCAUGGUUUUUGAUAUAUGAAGCUAAAUAAAUCCUUAUUCCUCAUGGUGGAUAGUAUUUUUCUCUCGUAAGCUGAUCUUAAAAUUUGAAAUAAUUAACUAACCCCCGUAGUGCUGUUUAGGGGGAUCUUAUUACUUCGAUGAUGUGUUUUCUUCGGCUCAUAUUCAUAGCUUUCAUGCUCACUGUUUCAUUUCUAGCUGCUCCUUCAAGCGAGGAAGAAAGAUGGCUAGCACAAUAUGGUCAAGUCAUCGAAUCCCCUGGGAAGACCCUGCCUGAGAUCCCGUCUGUUGAUUUGUGGGAUUGGAAACUUGUAUGUGAAACCAGAGAAGCUGACAAUGAACAGGUGGCUAGGUUAGUAGGGAGGCUGGUCAGACAGUCGGCGAACCUUCAUCCAUCUGUGGUUUCUGGUGGCACACUUUUAAAAACUGCCCCAAUUUGUGAAGCUCGGCUUCACCUAGUGCGAGUUAGGACAGGUCAGGUCUAUAAACUUCGAAAUCCUAGUGCCAAAUACCUUGCAUCCUUGUCAGUAUAUGACGCCUCCAACCCAACAAAAGAUUGGGAAUUCCCUGAUAUUUCAACUGAAUGGCAAAAUCCUGAUACAAAACGCAAAGCCAAGAAGGGGAAACCAAAAAGGGCCAGCAAACUUACAGUGAAGCCUAGUGAAGUAGACAUGAUUGAAGAGAAGACAAAACGCAAAGCUAAGAAGGUAAAACCAAAAGCUGACUGCAAACUUACGGUGAAGCCUUGUGAAGUCGACAUGUUUGAAGAGCAAGAGACAAAACGCGAAGCUAAGAAGGUGAAACCAAAAACUGACUGCAAACUCACAGUGAAGCCACGAGAUGAAGUCAACAUGAUUGAAGAGCAGAGAAGCUGUUCAUACAGAGAUAGAGCCGCUGAGAGAAGAAAUUUGCAUGGUGGAUAUGGUGUUGGACCAGGUCAAAAAGGAACAACAGUGGACCAUAACACGGACGAGCAUUCAGUUCCCGACACUGGUUCUGAAGAGGAUACUGUAGCAGAAGCAUUGGAGCUAUCAUUUGGAUCUGGAAGUUAUGCAAGGAGGAUAAUGGGAAACAUGGGUUGGAAGGAGGGUGAGACGCUAGGGAAGAAUACAAAAGGUUUGGUUGAACCGAUACAAGCAGUGGGCAACACUGGGAAUGUAGGGCUAGGAUUUCCUCAAAGGAGAAGGAAAUAAUAUGAGGUACAAGAUAUUCAGUUUAAGGGACUCUUAGUGUUCAUAUAUUACUUGAGAAAUUGAGUUACUAUAUAAACUUGGAUUGGCUUAUAACAAGAGAGGUUGCAAUAGGUAGCUAAAUUUCAUCUAGACUUGUAAGAGUUGAGAAUCAUUUACUUGCUGAUUUUGAGAAAUAGAAUGAGAAAUCGAAGUACCAAGCAAUAGACAAGUUGGUUUCGAUUUUUAUUGGACCAAGCAAUAGAACUGUAUCAAGAAAACAACAUAUCGGAUUUAUGGUCCAUUUUCUCUUGGUCGACAAUUUUUUGAAAUGGCGCGACGUUGAACAAAAAUUAUACGAACAAAGAAAGCUAUUUCCAGGUUACUGCC